AUGUCUGACUGUCCAGAUUUACCAUCUACUUGCGAAGGCUUAAGCGCAUGUUGCGACCGAAAAUAUGACACUUGUGCUAACUCUUUAUUGUCAUUCGAAACGAAAAUCGAGAGCCCAAACGGUUCAAACAACUUAACCGGUCCAACAAAUUCAACAGAUUAA